CGUGCUCAGUCAGCCAGCCGGUGGGGCAAGAGACAGUGCGCGAGAGUAGCGUAGUGCGACUUUUCACUCAAGGGCAACUCCUCGCGAUCAUAAAGCGAAGAGUUAACAACUUUUACAGGUGCGCUUGAACAACGACUACACUUACCCCGGUGUACAACAACCACCUCGAGAUCACGACACAACACUCAAUGCUAGUGUGUUAAAAAAAAAAAAAAAAAAAAGGUUUGUUUUGGAAAACUUUUCGCUGACAGGUUUCAAGCGCCGUCUCCCCCGGAGAGAGCUCGCGGACAGUAACGGAAGAUGCACUCCAGUCAGAAGGACACGACCUACACGAAGAUCUUCGUCGGUGGGCUCCCGUACCACACCACCGACUCCAGCCUCCGGAAGUACUUCGAGGUGUUCGGGGAGAUCGAUGAGGCGGUGGUGAUCACGGACCGGCAGACCGGGAAAUCCCGGGGCUACGGAUUCGUGACCAUGGGUGACCGCUCGUCAGCAGACCGGGCCUGUAAGGACCCGAACCCCAUCAUCGACGGACGCAAGGCCAACGUCAACCUGGCGUACCUGGGGGCCAAGCCACGCGUCAUGCAGUCAGGGUUCUCGUUUGGCGUACCACAGAUCCACCCAGCAUUCAUCCAGAGGCCCUACGGGAUGGCGGCGCACUACGUGUACCCGCAGGCGUUUGUGCAGCCCAGCGUUGUGAUCCCUCAUGUGGCCCCGCCCCCUCAGGUGGCUCCGCCCCCCGCCGCCGCCUCCCCGUACCUCGACUACGCCGGCUCCGCCUACGCCCAGUACUCCGCCGCUGCUGCCGCGGCAACCGCCGCCGCCUACGAGCAGUACCCGUUCGCCGCCAGCCCCGCCAGCGUCAGCGGCGCCGGCUACAUGACGUCCGCCGGAGGCUACGGCUACGCCGUCCAGCAGCCAAUGACGUCGCCCGCUCCAGUCCCGCCCUCUGCUGCCGCGGCAACCGCCGCCGCCUUCAGCCAGUACCAGCCGCAGCAGCUGCAGACGGACCGCAUGCAGUGAACACACACACACACACACACACACACACACACAUACUGACACACACAUGCAGUGAAUAAUGUAAGAGGGAAAGCUGACCAUCAUCAUUGGUCUUUGAUUAUGCAGCGUCAGUUAUUUAACACACACACACACACACACACACACACACACACACACACCAAUUUAUUUAUGCAGCAUCAGCUAUUUAAUAGUUAUAUGUUUGUGUUAUCAACAGUAUUUAAUAUUCUUUAGUAGGAAUGUAAUGUAUGUAUGUAUGUGUAUUUCUGGAGAUCUCUGUAAAACAGCUGUUUGUUUUGUUUUGUUUGUUUCGGAUCCGAACCCGAGUCCAGAUGCUGUGACAGUCUAUCUGCCUGCAUGCAUGCGUGCGUGCGUGCGUGCGUGCGUGCGUGCGUGCGUGCGUGCGUGCGUGCGUGCGUGCACAUACCUAUGCAACUUGAUGGGAGUUCCAGAGACACUUGGUGACAGCUUUUCCCUGGCACUGACAUCCAAUAAACACACACACACACACACACACACACAGAUAUAGACACAUAUCCAGUAGUUCUAUAAAGAGCAAGGUCAUACGUAUGUUGCUCUAUAGAACUUCUUUGAAUUGUAUUAUGAAGGCCAUUUAGAUAGCAGAACCUACACACACACACACACACACACACACACACACACACACACACACACACACACAGAGCUCUGUAGAACUUCUUUGAAUUGUAUUCCGAGGCCAUUUAGAUAGCAGAGCUGUGACCGCUGUGGUUUUUAUAGUGAGUGUGUGAACUCCAGGGCAGAUUUUCUAAGUUAGUUUUGUGUUGGCGUGAAGAGUGCUCAGGCUCACUCAUGCCCCCUAGUGGACAACAAGAGCCUGACAUAGGAAUGGGACAGUCUCACCCACCUCAACACCUGAACACACACACACACACACAGAGGAGGGAGAAACUCCUGAGAGAUUGUAGUAGCUUUAUAAUUUAUUUCAUGGAAAAUUAAGGAUUUUACACUGUUUGUCGAUUUUAUACUUGAACCUUUUCUUAGGAGAGAAACGUGUCAAGACUAGGGGCUGUUUUAUUGGCCGGAUGCCCUCAGUGGGCGGGGCCCUCCGCGGACCCCACGGCAGAUGUGCGCUCACAUCCUCACGUUCCGAGGACAUUAUCAUUUCAGAAUGGAAUAAAACGAAUAAAAUUAUCAUUUAAGAAUGGAAUAAAAAUGAAUCUUCCAAACAGAA